UGGAACUAACCAGUUUGAACACUUAUGUAGCUAUCUUUCCUUGCCAAACAACCUCACUUGCCUUUUUCAAGAAAAUAGUGAGAUUCUGAACACGUUAAUAGAAAGUUGGUGUAGUAACAAUGAAGUAAAAAGCUAUCUUGAAGGCAAGAGACAUGCUAUCAGCUAUGCAAGAGAAUCCAACAAAUUAAUUGACCUUCCGGACGACUACAGCUGCCUCAUUAACCAAGCAUCCAAUUUCUCGUGUCCAAAAUCAGGUGGUGAUAAAAGCAGAGCCCCAACAUUGUGCCUUGUGUGUGGGACCAUGCUAUGUUCUCAGAGUUACUGUUGUCAGACUGAAUUAGAAGGAGAAGAUGUUGGAGCCUGUACUGCACAUACAUACACUUGUGGUUCGGGAGUGGGCAUAUUCCUUAGAGUACGAGAAUGUCAGGUGCUAUUUUUAGCUGGAAAAACAAAGGGCUGCUUUUAUCCUCCUCCUUAUCUCGAUGACUAUGGAGAGACGGACCAGGGACUCAGACGUGGGAAUCCCUUACAUCUGUGCAAAGAACGAUUUAAAAAGAUUCAAAAACUCUGGCAGCAGCACAGUAUCACAGAGGAAAUUGCACAUGCACAAGAAGCAAAUCAAACACUAGUUGGCAUUGAUUGGCAGCAUUUAUAAUGAUUACCUGCUGAAGACUGGAACUUUAUUAAGAUUUUUUUAACUCAGUAAGCUUUUCAAAGGAGAGAUUAGGAAAAAAAGUCUGAGGGGGGAAAAAAAAACCAAACCAAACCCAGUCUUGUUAUUUAAUCUUUGUUUUACAAUGUAUUUCGUAAAGAUACCAGUUAACAUUACUCAAGUAAACUUCUUUCUAUGUAAGCAAGUUUUAUCAGUCCUAUAAUUUGCACUGUGCUUCCUUCACAGAAAUGUCUUGGGUUAUAAACCUGGGCAAAUGAACUUGAGUUUCUGAUAAAAAAAGAAUGACUCUUUUUGGAAGUCUGACUAUGAUUUUUCUUAUAAACUGCAAGAGAAAAAGACUGCUGAAACAGAAACUAGAUAGAGCACAAUUACGGAUUGUGUUUUGCCCCUUGCUAGUAAUCUGAGCCGUUUUAUUUAUUAUUCUGCAUUUUAAUACUUAAGCUGUGUGUACAUGCAAUGGAAUGAAGUAAGGAAGCGAACAAUGUAGCAAAUGGAUGUUUCUGUCUGCAUCAGUGGAUAAUUCACUCUUUCACUUGGUGUAUC